AUGAACUACGUGCAACUUGAGAAGCUCGGGGAGGGCACGUACGCGACCGUGUACAAGGGCCGCUCGCGCCUCACCAACGAGAUUGUCGCGCUGAAGGAUAUUCACUUGGAUGCCGAAGAGGGCACGCCGUCCACAGCCAUCCGCGAGAUCUCGCUGAUGAAGGAGCUGCGACACGUCAAUGUUGUGCGGCUGCACGACGUGAUUCAUACGGAGUCGAAACUAAUGCUUGUGUUUGAGUUUAUGGAGCAGGACCUGAAGCGGUACAUGGACGUGCAUGGGAACCGCGGCGCGCUUGAUCCAGCAACAGUACGCAGUUUCAUGUUUCAGCUGCUGAAAGGGACUGCGUUUUGCCACGAGAACCGUGUGCUUCACCGCGACCUAAAACCGCAAAACCUGUUGAUCAACAAACGCGGCGAGCUGAAACUCGCCGAUUUUGGGCUGGCACGCGCGUUUGGGAUUCCCGUCAACACGUUCAGCAACGAGGUGGUUACCCUGUGGUACCGCGCACCGGAUGUACUGCUCGGUAGCCGCACGUACUCCACGAGCAUCGACGUGUGGUCCGCCGGCUGUAUCAUGGCCGAAAUGAUCAGUGGCAUUCCGCUUUUCCGCGGGCGAGACAAUACCGACCAGCUCAACCAGAUCAUUCGCAUCCUGGGAACACCAGACGAACAGACGAUCAAGCGGAUUCUGCAUGACUCACCAGAUAUCCAGUAUAGGCCGCUGCCACGCCUGCCGAAAGUGCCGUUCCAGACACUGUACCCCAAAGUGCAUCCAUUAGCGAUCGAUUUGCUGGACAAGCUCUUGCAGUUUGACCCCACUAUGCGCAUCAGUGCCGAUGAGGCAUUGCGCCACCCAUACUUUACUACCAGUGCCGCCAUCUCCACAUCCGCGCAAGGGUAUGAUUUGAACGCAUCGCAGUCGUUUCCAAAGAAUGCACAAGACGGGAAGACGGUAGGUGCUGGGGCGGUCUGA